GUGCGGGUUUCCUCCAUAUUUCUUGUUGUCGGCAUGCUGCAUGUGCCUCCGCAGCAUGUAGGAUUAUUUAAAGCUGUAAAUGAGCGCGUUGGUCAGCACGUUUAAGACUCGCUGUUACAGGUUUAGCCGAGGUAUCAGAGAUCCAGCAUGGAAGUGGAAAAAGAUUUUUUAAACACGCCUCUAAUGAAAACGGUGCGUUUUGGAGGCAGUGUGGUCAACGCAGUGGCCAAGCUGAAACAGGGAGAUACAAGUGAUUUUGAGCUGAUAAAGCAUCAACUUGCUGACCCAGAUAUUAAGGAUGCUCAGAUCAUUAACUGGCUGCAGGAGUUCAGGACCUGCGUCACGCAGCUCGGCAAAGAACACGAGCAGUUAAUCUACUGUGUUUUGAGGCUGCCAUGGCUCGACCGCAGUCCAGCCGUGGCGGAGGAGUAUCUGGCGUUCCUCAGCAGUCUGAUCUCCGCGCAGACCGUUUACCUUCGGCCGUGUCUCAGAACGCUCAUCUCCAGUUUCACACCGAGAAGAAUAAAAGUCCAGGAAGGAAACGUGGAUAUUUCGGAUUCAGACGACGACGAUGAAAACCUGCCCAGGAUAUUCGACCUGUGUCAUCAGGCCCUGCAGAUGAUCGCCAGAUACGUCCCAUCUACCAGUCGGUUCCUGAUGCCAAUCCUCAACGAUAACUUUCCUUUUGUGCAGAAAUCAUCCCGAACAUUGGAAUGUUAUGUCCAUAACCUGCUGAGGAUCGCGGUGUAUAUCCCCACUCUGAGGAGAGACGUGCUGGAGCUCAUCGUCAGCAAAAUGCUCACGCUGGACGUGAGCGCCCCCCGUGGCGAGAUUGAGGAAGUGGAGAGUUCAGGCCAACAGAACCAGAGCGCGGAGUCUCAGGAGGAUUUCUUAUUCGACAUGGAUGAUGAUGAUGAUGACGGCGACGACUCUCCUUUGAAGACCUCGCAGUCUGUGGAUGGGGCGCUGAUGCUUCAUCCCGUAGCUGAAAGACUGGACACGUUAAUGGGCAUCCUGCUGGCCUUCAUUAAAGACAUGUGCCAUGUUAAUGGUGUUCUGGACGUGGAGAGGGCUAAAGGUGUGUACAGAGACCUGGUGGGUGUGUUUGAUAAGCUGGUGCUGCCCACACACGCGUCCUGCCACGUUCAGUACUGCAUGUUCUACCUGUGCAGCUUCCGCCUGGGUUUGGCGGAGGCGUUUUUGGAUCACCUGUGGAAGCUGCUGCAGAGCCCCUCCAGCCCUGCAGUGAUAAGGCAGGCCGCCGCCGCAUACAUGGGCAGUUUUCUGGCCAGAGCAAAGUUCCUGCCCAUUGCAACGGUGCGCGUGUGUCUGGACCUGCUGGUUCCGUGGCUCCAUCUGUACAUAGAGAAUCAGGACUCGGGUUCUAAAGCGUUUUGUGACGUUUCUCUGCACGGCCCGUUCUACGCCGCCUGCCAGGCCGUCUUCUACACGCUGAUCUUCAGACAUAAAGCCAUCCUGGAGGGAAACAUGAAGAAAGGUCUGGCGUAUCUGCAGAGUCUGAAUCUGGAGCGGAUCGUGAUGAGUCAGUUAAACCCUCUGAAAGUCUGUCUGCCCGCCGUCACCAACCUGUUCGCCGCCAUCACCAGGAAGUAUCAGCUGGUCUUCUGCUACACCAUCAUCGAGAGGAAUAAUCGUCAGAUGUUGCCGGUCAUCAGGAGCUCAGUGGGCGGAGACUCGUUAUCCACCAAUACGAAUCCACUGGACACGUUUUUCCCCUUUGACCCCUACCUACUGAAGAGGUCUGGAAAGCUCAUUGAACCGAUCUAUCAAGUGUGGGAGGAGCCAUCGGACUGUAUGGUGGACGCUCCAAAGAAAGAUAUUAGAAAGGGUUCUGCGGAGGAUGAGGACGAUUUCCUGCAGGGCGAAACCCCUCAGGGUGACGUGAUGAUGGGCGUAACUCCCGGCUCGUUUGACUCUCACCUGCGGAGCCCCAGCAGUGUGGGGUCACCACCGAUAGCCUUCCUGCAGCGGCCGUUCUGACACACAUACUCACAUUUACAGACAUGCAGUUUGCACAGUGCUGAUUGGUGGGGAAUAAACUCCAUUAAUUCUUGGCCACAUGCGCCUCCGUUAGCUCCAGCGCUGGAACUGAAGGCAGAACAGCUCGUCGCUGUCUUAAGAGAACCUCUAGGAAAUGUUAGGUUUAUAGAAGAGGGGAAAAAAUCCAUACAGUCAUAUGCAAAUGUUUCUACAUCUCUGGUCAAAAAUGCUUUGUAGAUUUUCAGAUUUUUAAAUUUUUAGUGCACAAUUUAAGUCUUAAUUUAUUUGCUGAGUUUAACAUAUUGGGGGGGAAAAAACCAUAAAAGAUAUAAAAAAUAUAAAAUAUGCUGUAACUUUUUCACAAUCCACAUUUUGUUUUAUUUUUCUCCCGAUAUGUUACAUUCAGCAACUAAAGGAUAAUUGUGUAUUAAAAUGUACAGAAGUGUGUCUCUGUAGGGGAUGUUACUUAUUAACUUAUUUACGCUCAGAAAAUCACUUAAAAAUCACUUUUUUUUUUUUUUUCAUAAUCAGAAAAUCAAUAAGUUGACCAGGGGUGCACAAAGUUCUGCAUACAACUGUAACUUUGUAACUGUGACUUCAAUGUACAUCAAUGUAAAGUUUAUUCAUUUCAAGUAUUUUUUUUUUCAAUAAUUGUUCAUCUGAAAGGUUCCCAUAAUGGAAAGUACAGUCAUUUUUAAAUAGAUGAGAUAAAAAAAUAACACGCAACACCUUCUUUUAGGUUCUAGGUAGUUAACAGAGCAAGUCUGAGGUGCAAACUCCAGAGUACUAGAAAACUAUUUUAGAAUGAUAGUACAUUCUGAGACAGCUUAACUAAACUGCACUGAAAUCCCCAGCAGGUUCUAGAUAUUACUCGAAUAAGUGUAAAGUACAAAUUCCAAAGUGCUGUGUAAUAAUGGUGCAUAACAACUAAUUAAAUUAUACUAAAAUGACUAGCAGGUUCUAGAUAUUAAGGUACUAAUACUGAUAAAGGAAAACCAACUCAAUUAUUUGAAGUAAUAAGGUGGUAAAUAGAAUCAGACACUGAAUUUCAGUCUAAUCACGUUGAGUUGAUUCUCUAAAUGAAAAUAAGUGAACACAUCAUCUACAGAGAACACAGUAAAAUAUGAUGCACACAGUUUGAACAUACUGGAAAAAUACAUCAAAUUAAAAUGUGACAAGUUUUGCCCAGGCCACAUUUUAUGUUUGAGGUUAAGAUUAUUUUAUUCCAAACGUAUUAAAUUCAGCAAAUAGACAGUAAUCGUGCAUUAAAAUAUACAGUAGUGUGUCUCUGUAGAGGAUGUGUUCAACAUGGAAAAUGAGCAGGGGUGCCUAAACUUUUGCAUAUGACUGUAUGUGGCGUAGAAUAGCAGAAUAAAGUGCAACGACAGUCUUUGAAGUAGCAGCACAGCGAUAAUCACUGCUUUUGUCUUUCCAGCCCACAUUCAGACUGAGUUUAGUUUACAGGUGAUGAAUAGGUGCAGAUGGUAUAAAACCCUUUUUAUUAACGUCAUAUAAAUAUAAAAUUAUACACAAACUAAUUACAUUGCUGUGGAGUUCACACCACAUACUCACCCGGUUAAUAUCUAGAACUGAAAGGACUGUAAAAGAAAGUGUUAACCUAAUAAUGUUAUAAAUGCAAACUGCACCUUCCAGCAGGAGACCGCAAGGGGGCGCUGAUGACACACCUGACUGUGUGUGAGCACAGAACUGAGCAGAUUUGCUUUCUUUUACCCUUAAAUGCUCUGUUCAGUGCUGAAAUCUCUCUGUUUGUACUCAGUAGCAUCUUUCAGGAGGACUGAGGGUGAAAAUCACUCUGUACAGGUUUUAUUGACGGAGAAAAAGCAUAAAAACCUCAUCAACGAGCAGCUCAGCGGCUCAGCGGCUCAGCGGCGUCACUCCUGAACCUGCAGUACAGAGAAAUACAGACCACAUUCUGCUCACUCAGCUGAGCAGAUCUGAUCAUAUUUGUACUAUAUUUUCCUAUUUAUUACAUGUGGGGAAUAUUUUGAUCCUGAAAACUGCCUAAGUGAUCAUAAAGGUGUUUCCUGGAUGAUUGAUACUCGUAUAUUAGUGAUUAUAACAGCAUUAUUCAGAGGGGACGUCUGGGUCUGGGUAAUGAAACCUCUUUUAUUUGGUUUACUGCAAAUUUGUUGUUCCUGUUUUUUGAAAACCUGCACAGUAACAUUGAGACUAAACUCGAAGGUAAAACCAGUUCAAAUCUUUGUAAAUUGUUAUAUAUGUGGCUUUUUUGUGUAUAAUCGUUUUAUGAUAAUGUCAGACAGGACAGUUAUGUAAAGCAGUGAUUAUUAACCCUUUAAACUCUUAAAGGGCCUGUAUGUUCUUCAGUUCCUCACUCUAAUAACUCCACUCUUAACAAAUUAGGGUUCUAAAAAAGCGCCGUCAUAGAAGAACCAUUUUAGGUUCCCUCUCAUUUGUUUCAGUUGGGUUUCAGAUGUGGUUCUUCAUGGCAGCCGUCAUUUUGUACCGUUAUUUAAAGGGCCUGUAUGCUACGUUUUUCUUGCAUUUGUUUUUUUUCCCGCUUUGAGAUCCACUGUGUGCACCAAAAACAGCUGUAGUUCACUGUUAGACGACUCUCUUUAUCUUUUAGAAUUAAUCAGGCUGUUAAUGUUACUGUGCCUUUAAGACUGAGAUAUGUAAAUCAGCUCUGUUCUUAUUGGCUGCCCUCUAUUAUACGUCAUUCAAAAGCAUUCAGAGAUGAAACACUUCUUAUAACUUCAGCGUGAGCGGGCAGUGCUAAACUGGUGUAGGCUGAUUAGGUGGAAUAAUGUAAAUAUGUGUUUGUGACAUCACAACAAGUGAAAAUGGCCUAAUUCUACAGUUUAUGGACUGUAUGGGCUGCACA